GCAGCUACGUAGGUAUAGAGUAGGCAGUUUCAAAUUAUUGUCAGUUACGAAUUCGCAUUCACCGGAAGCGGCCUACCUGUGACAAUUAUCCACUUCAUACCUCCUUUACUACUAGGUACUACCAUCAUUGUAACUUUGUAAUUCAUUUUCAAUUUGGUAUGUUCGACCUGACCAAAAGCGGUACAACACUUGGGCAGUUAUGUGAAAGACAUUGAAUACCUGCCUAGUAGUUGACGAGUCACCCUCAAUCAACUGUGAAUAACAUCUUCACUGGUUUCGUCCAAUAAAUCAAUGAUGUUCAUAUCAUCUUUUUUCUUCCUCAUUUAUCCAGCAUUAUGAGAAACAGAGAGCUCCAAUCCAACACAUCUGAUUGAGUGCUGCGCUCCUUUGCAGACUUCUUUGCGAUUCACAAUUCACGCUUUACAUCACCCAUUUUAUCACCCUCAAAUCCUUUGCGACAAGAAUCUUAGAACAGCAAAAAGUCCACCACCGACAACAUGGCCGGCUUCACUAGUUGGUUCUCUCGCAGUGCACCUAAUAGUUCGCCUAUUACACCUGCAGGUGCGAAUAAUGGCUUUUUGAGAAAUAGGAUCUUUGGUGGCCGUGUUACUAAACAUUCCUGGACACCUAAGAAGAAAACGCAUGAAGAAUUGGCCGACAAAGUAGAAGGGCGUGGGUGGAAAGGACUUCCAGGGACGGGAGAGGAUGCGACUCAGUCGACCGACGAUGAAGAAGCUAGCCACGUUAUUAAAAAGGAAGAAGAUAGUGAUCAUUUCGAAGAAGACGAAAUUCAUGUCCACAACCAUAAUUAUGGGGACGACAAGAAGGUAGAUGACAGGCCAGAAACUCCAGAUCGCGUGGCAGACAGCUACAACAACGUACUCGCCAUUGCAUCAAUCGAAGACGAAUUGCUGCAAGAACCCCUAGAGCACCCUGCACAUCACCACAAUGGAGCCGCCAGCGACGUGGAAGAAGAAGAAGAACGCAUCGCAUUAAGUGAUGAUGGAACUGCAAGCGAAUCAGAAGCAUCCUCAACUACUCAGGAAACAAACCAAGACUAUGACCCGGAAGAUGGGUGGCGUUACGAACAGGUCUUCCUCAAUCAAAUUUUGAGGGGACGAGACGAAUACUCGCUUAUGCCCUCAACUUGGAAAAUGCACUUCCGGGGGAUUCCUCUGCCAGAAGGCCUUUUCUACAUCAAAACCCACGCUGUAAGCACCCGGCCUAGGAUAUACGCGCGCACGGAAAGGCUCGAAUAUCGAGGUGCUAUCGCGCUUCGUAGAUUGAUGGAUAUUCACGGGCGGAUCCGCGACAUACGCAAAGCAAGAACAGAUGCUACGCGAGAUGAAGAUGAACGACGAAUCGUCAAACAUAUUAGGGGAAGGGUUCAGGAUGUCCUGCGUUGGGCUGAGCUCGAUGGGGACAUUGCUAAGUACAGCAACUCCUUACCCCCCAACGUCCGAUUAAUAGAGAUGUAUGAUGCGGACAAAGACAACAUGCAUGUACCCAUCCAGGACAGUAUGGCGGAGGUGGCUGCAUCGUGGCGGGAGGUAUUAAACCGUAUACCCAAAGACCAGAGGCCAACACCGCCGGUAAUAUUCGGGCUCGUCAUCUUCAAGCACAUAUUGUUCAUCGUCACAUUGGACUCACAAGACCCGUUAUCUUGCUGUCACAUCCCAAUCCAAGUGAAUUUAUCGGAAAUGAACCAGAACCAGUGGAAUGCGCUGGCAAUUAUGGUUACUGUCUGCUGGGCCCGAGAUCUAUUCGCAGAUGUGGCAAGCAAGAUUCCCGAUUUACUCUUGGAGGACCCGAAUGUCGACAGCGACCCGGAUGCGUAACAUACGCAAUACCUACCCAUAGAGGAGGAUAGCGACAAAGUUCUGACAGGUUUCCUUUGUACUAGCGGACUCAAGAGAUCCUUGCUAAUGAGAAGGAUGGAUUGAAAGUUACUCUUGUAGGCGUCAUAUUUGGAUUGCGGAUUGAUAUCAACUUUUUGCUGCUUAUUGAGACCAGCUGAGACCAAUCGAGGCCUAGAUACCAAAAUAGUACGGCAUAGCUAUUUGAAUUAUUGCUGAUGAUACCAUAUUAUCUCAAAGUGUAGUCAAAAUUAGAUUGACU